GAUAUUCCGGGCAAAUGUUCAAAUUUUAAUUAUGCUGCACGAACAACACUGAGGUAUUUGCGUGCCGAUCCAACACAUGGACUGGAUCGGGAAGACACGGAGAUUUUUGUUACUACAGGUGACUGCGACAACGUUUUCGGAGAGCGAUACUUUGAUGCACUGGAAGAGGAUUACUGGAAGAUCGAAGAAGAGGUAAUUAUACGAAACUGUCGUUAG